AUGGAGUCAUUGAACUUCUCAUCAGCAGUGAGCUCAGCUCAAGCCUUCUUUGAGAAAUACGACUGGAGAGAAGUUCAGGAACUGCUCAGUCUCACCUCCUGCAGCUGGUUAUUGGGUGGAGAAGAGUUCUUCCAGCCUGUAGACCCUCCAGCUGGAAUGAUCAGACAAAUCCAAGCUGUAUCUCACCCCAACGCCAUCAUCUUGGCCCCCUGCGACUCCAGGGUGUCACUGGACUACAGGGUGGUCCAUCAGAUCAUCCGGGAACUCACAGUGGGAAUAUACUGCUUCAACCAAGUGCCAUCCAUCAGCCUGGAGCCCAACCCGGAUCAGAGCUCUGCGUGCUACCUGACCCCAGCCUACUGUGACACCAAAGUGGGACAGAUCCUCAUCAACAUAGAUUACACCAUGAAGGCCCUGUGGCACGGAGCAUACAUCCCGAAAGAAAAACGUUUCUGCUUCCUGGAACUGUGGAGGGCCAGCAUGGUGGUGGAUCCCAGUGGAGUUCCUCAGGCUGAGAAAGACAGGCUUGCUGAGCUUCUUACAGCAGGUUUAGUGGACAUUUCUGAUGACCCAUGUUACCAGGGUAUAUACAAUGAAGACAAACACAACUCCGACCCAACCUAUGAGCCCAACAGUGCAGAGGAGCAGAAGCUCUUCUCUCAGUACGCAGAAAACAUCCUGCUAAAGAUCACCUCAUACCUGACCUUGGUCCGUCAACACGAGAACCUGUUCACCUUUGAGGGCAAACACAGCCUGUCCAACGUGGUGCGGCUGACGGAGGAUGUUUUGGAGCUGGAUACAUACCAGCGGCUGCAGCAGAGGCUCUCCCGCCACACGAGGCUGGUGAAGAAACACCUGGGAUGCAAAGUGGAGCUGGCUCGGGACCUGGCCUACCUGAAGCUCAUCAGCUUCCUCGUGCCCUUCCUCAUUGGCCUAAGGAAGAAAAUGAGGAUUCCGGACCUGUCUCAAAUGCUCCUGCCUAUCUCAGAUGACAUGCUGAAAACCGAGCGAGAGUUGCCGCCUCUUCUCCUUGGACCCAAAUUUUCCUGUAAGCACUUUCCAUACAAGCCGAACGAAUAUUUCCAUCUUCACGGUGGUAUUGAGGUUGAUGUUGGAACUCCUGAGCUGGAACAAAUCACUGAGGAGAUGAAGGCUGCUUCCAUAACUCUACAAAAUCAUGCAGUGGGCUAUUUAAAUGACUUACUUCGGCAAGGCACCACCUACAAGGAGUACUUUCCGAUCCCCGUCAGUGAGAUCAAUGGAAAAAGUUAUAGUGUGAUUUCUAUUGCACUGGCAUCCUUCUAUCCCCAACCCAACACCGUGCACUGGUGGGAAGCCAUGAACAAGGCCAUCAAAAACAUGGGGGAACAGAAACUGGCGUUAACUGACUUUCAGCUUCAUGAGCAGUUUAAAAAAGCAUUCGGUUAUGCCAAAGCCAUACAGUGCAAGAGCAUACCGUAUGGACUGCGUGCAGCUGCAGAGCGUGGCCUCUCCGCUGUGUUUCACACUCUGAGCCGUAAAAACCCUCUGGGCCACCUGGGGGCGCUAGAUGAGCUAGGCUACUCUUUACUCCAUCAUGCCGCUAUGUGGAACCAGCCGCACAUCAUCUACCAUCUGGCAGCUGCUGGAAUCAACCUUAACCAGUCAUGCAUCGGGAGGUUCAUCUGCUCCACAUUUCCUUUUGAAACAGGAGCUGGAAAGAAAGGGAAGGAGAUUAUUGGACUCACGCCACUACACCUAGCUGCUCAAUGUGGCUCUCUCGAGGCCCUCAACUGCCUGAUUGCUCUGCGAGCCAACUACACACUCAUGGACAGGAGAGGCUGGCUGGCUGUUCACUUCUCAGCCUUUUAUGGCCAGGUUUCAUGUAUCCAAGCACUGUGUAGGAAAGAUCCCGGGUUGCUGGAUAUACACACAUCUGCAGAGUAUUGCAGCACGCCCCUCUUACUCUCAGCCAUGUCAGGAUCUCUGGAGACUUUGGAGUACCUGCUGUCAAAUGGGGCAAAUUGGAGAAUGACGGACAGCAAGGGCAAUAACAUAGUCCAACUGGCGGCUCUUUACUUCCACACCGACGUCCUCAGGCUUCUCAUUCACCUGAAUCUAGAUGGCCUUCCUGUGUGGAGGAUUCUCGUUGAGAUGUUACAGAGUAAGGAGAACAGGAGGUUGGAGAUGGCCGUCAGAUGCACCGAGGCUCUCUGUGUGAAUGAUGACCCCUUCUGGAAGAGCAUCAUGGAUGCAGGUGGGAUCUCAGUCCUGGUGGACAUUUUGCUCAAUGGGAGGCUGUUGUUCCAGCGCAUGGCUGCAGCCGCGUUGUGUCACAUGACGAAGAAUGUUCUGGUGUGUGAGGAGCUGGUGCGCAUUGGUGCAGUCCAAGUGCUCAUCAAACACCUCAGAAGCCAUCAUCCAGAGCUUCACUCACGCUGCACCGUUAUACUGACAGACCUGGCUGGGGCCAGCGGGGCGUAUCAGAUUCAAAUCACUGAACUGGGUGGGGUUGCCCCUGUGGUCCAGCUGCUGACCUCUGACCUCCAGGAUGUGCUGGUGAACGCUGUAAGGUGUAUCCAUGCACUGUGUGUCGCUUCUCCCCAAAAUCAAACCCUGGUGGCACUUUCUGGAGUGAUCCCACAACUGGUUGAUUUACUCACUGUGAACUCUGAGCUACUUCAGGGAGAGGUGUGCAUGGCUCUAGCUGAGCUGGCCCGUGGCCACAAGGAGAACCAGGACCUGAUUUGUGGUACACAUGUUGUGACCUCUGUGGUGCAGGUCCUGAGCUCCAGAAAGAUCUCCAGCCAGGUGAAAGCUGCUAAAGCCCUCGAGGCCAUAGCGCACCAAAACCCUGCCAUACAGCAGCAGUUUCUGAACAAAUCCGCCGCCAGACAUCUUCUAUGCCUCUUAAAGGUUUUCAGGCAGGAGGUAAGGGAACUGGGUGCGACGGCUCUCUGGGCCUUAGCGGGACACACACCGAAGCAGCAGAAGUACAUUGCCGAGCUCAUCAGCUACCGUUUUGUCUUGGAACUGCUCCUGUCCACAUCAGAUAAAAUGCAAUACGUGGGAUGCCAGGCAGUGAUAGCCCUUUGCCGGGACUGCUGCGCCCAUCAGAAUGGAUUGUGUAGGGAAAACAGUGUGCCACCAUUAGUGCUCCUGCUACGUGGGUCCCGUACUACUGAGAGAACUCUGCUCAGUGUCAUUACGGCACUUAGGACCUUGUGCAUCGGAGUGGCACACACUAAUAACAGAAACAGCCAGAAGGUGAUUUAUGAGGAAAAAGCCAUUCCGACAUUGUUAGAGAUUCUGCAAAUCCACAGAUCUCUCCAGGUUAAGGUCCAGGUCUCUCAGACUCUGGCUUGUAUCUUGAUGGGCAACCAGGAGCUUCAAAUGUUCUUCUGGGACCAAGAAGACUUCUCCUAUGACAUCAUUCUGGAGCUGCUACAAACCCAAGACAGAAACACCCGUCUGGAGGCAGGCCAUGCUCUGGCACUGUUUGCGUACAAUAAUCCAAAGCAGCAGGCUGCUCUUAAGAAAAAGGGUGGAGUUCCAGUGCAAGCAUUCCAGACAUUUUUAGGUUCAGAUGAUGAGACCGAAAGGGCCAAGGCUGCAUUUCAGAUCAUUGUGCUUGCUAAAGUGAUUACUGGCUCUGACCAAGUGACACUGACUGCGAGAGGAGUCACAAUUCUGGUAAAAUUACUGCAAUCAGAUAAAAACACUACUGUGGCCAUUACAGCUGAGUUCCUGGCCAGCCUGGCCCACACCAGAGCAGGUAUCCCAGAUGCUGUUGUGACGAUGGGAGCAAUAGAACACCUCUCCGCCCAUCUGUACUCUGAGGAUGAGGAGGUACGUACGACCUGUGCCAGUGCCCUUGGUUACCUGAGCUUCAACCGGUUUGCACAUCGCCUCUUGUUGGUGGAAUGCAGGAAAAAUCCAUUGACAUACAGAGCGCUGAAGGAUUAUUUAGCCAAAGAUGCCAAAAUAUGCCACAAGUUCACAUCUGAGUUCAAAAGACAGAGAAAAUCAGGCCUUCCGUCACUCAGUUUGGAGGCAAGAGGGAGUCCAACUGUCCAUCAGUGCUUUAAUAAAGUACACCUAAAAGAAGGAACACAUCAUACACCUGUAACAGAAUCCACGUAGCCCCGGAGCUGCAUCCUCGCAGGGGUUGGACGGCUGAUCCUGGAACGCGACGUGCUGACGAGUCCUCCUGCGAUUCGAUUCCAUGUGUGGAAACAGAGCCUUAAUAAUGACCCAUGACUGCUCUCAGAUCAGUGAUUCCAGGCUGGACUGGUGUCUGGGUUCAUUCUUAAAGAUCAAUUCAUCACACUCUCUCUCAUUACCACACAUUUAAAAAUAAAAACACUUUUUUUUUUUGCAUGUGUUCAUUUUAUUUUCUAAAUGACAGUUACACUCAAAUGAAAUUCUAGCUUUUUGUCUUUAGUUUUAACACGGGAAGCUUGAUGGUCGCGUCUCUCACCUCUGCACGUAUAUCUCUGCCCAGUGGCGCUCUGAGACAAAACAGUGUACACACC